AUGGACAAUGUUUGCUUCCACCUUGAGGACAAGUCAUAUGGGAAAGUUAUCUACUGCAACAUUAAUAUACUGCUUCUGUACAGAGGACGGAAUUAUGAUCCCAAGAACCGUCCAAUUAUUCCUCUCAUGUUGUGGAAGCCUUGUACACCAAUAUAUCCUAAGCUUGUGAAGAAUGUAAACGAGGGUUUGACAUAUGAGGAAACAAAAGAAAUGAGAAACAUCGGAUUGAACUCAGAUCCUCUCAUGAAACUCACUAGAAAUGGUGUGUAUGUGAAUGUGGUGGAGAGGUUGAGGGAGACUUUUAAGACUCAGGAGGAUUUAGUGCCAUGUGUUCCUAUCUUGUUUAAGAAUGAGCAGAUAGUCCUCUGGAGAGGAAAGUUGAAUGAAGAGCACCCUUCAGAUUCACAUGUCAGCAAGUAA